UGGAAGAUCAGACGCACACACCUUUUUUACUUGGACCCUGCAAUCGGAUUGACCUGGCGAGUUUUUUUUUUUUUUACAGUGCAGGCAGAGGCAGCGCAACAGCGCCACCGUAGAUCAGUCAGUACCACGCGCGCCGCCGGCGACGACCAGCUUCUCCGCGGGGAUGGCGGCUCCUGCAGGGCCCACGAGGUUGGCCUACUUUGAUGACAUGUGGGCCCUCCGCGCCCCCGCCACCAUCCUCUCCCUCCAUCAGGAGGAGGGCGGCCGGCGAGCCGUGGUGCUGGACGCCACCGUCUUCCACCCGCAGGGCGGCGGCCAGCCGGCCGACACCGGGGCCAUCGUCUCCGCCGCCGGCGCCGGCGCCAGGUUCCUCGUCGAGGACGUGCGCGUCAAGGAUGGGGUGGUCUUCCACUAUGGCAGAUUCGAGGAUGCUGCUGGAGAGGAGCUCAGCCAAGGGCAGAGCGUCAGCUUGGAAAUAGACGCGGAACGGCGCAAACUCAACUCCAGGCUUCACUCUGCAGGACAUUUGCUGGACAAUUGCAUGACCAACCUUGGCCUUAAGCUGGAACCUGGGAAAGGAUAUCAUUUUGCUGAUGGGCCUUUUGUUGAGUAUAAAGGAGUUGUUCCAGCGGAUAAAUUGCAGGAUAAGAAACUUGAGUUAGAAAAGGAGGCAAAUGAACUGAUUUCUAAAGGAGCCAAGGUCUUAGUCUCUGUUUUCUCUUAUGAUGAGGCCGCUAAAUUAUGUGGAGGUGCUCUGCCUAGCUACAUUUCAGAGGGUAGCACUCCCCGCAUUGUGAAAUUUGGUGACUAUCCUGGCUGUCCUUGUGGAGGCACUCAUGUAGCCGAUAUCGCAGACAUCGGUAACCUAAAGGUCACAAAUAUACGAGUCAAGAAAGGUGUGACUAAAGUUUCCUACAGCAUCAGCCCAUAGUUUUUCUGGGCAACUCUCACACCUACAAUUUAGCAGAGGUCAAAGGAUAAUUAUCCAGAGAAUCAGAAGGCCGGCUGCAUUGGUCUCCUCAUAAAUUCUAUUUUGUGUGACGACACUAAAUAUAUGGAGGGCAAAAUAGAUAAUUACAUCUGAUAUUUCCUCUUAGUGCCACUGUAUAUGCCCAUGUGCAGAUCAGAUGAUCAGGGUAUCAUGCCCCCUGCUUAUUCGUUGAGUUAUAUGCCCCGACUCUAAUUACAUCUGAUAUUUCCUCUUAGUGCCACUGUAUAUGCCCGUCCUUUACCAUUAUCUAGUUGUAUGUGAUGUCUUGUUAUAAUAUACCCCCUCUGUAAAGUAAUGUAGGAUGUAAUGGAACAGAGGGAGUACUGUGUAAGACAUAUUUGAUUAUUAUGAUUAAAAUAGUGUUCCCAAAUAAAUAAAAGGAAAGUAUGAGA